AUGGACGGGCGGAAGAGGCCUACCGCGACGCGGUCACGAGGCAAUAGUCCUCCGAGUCAAAGGAGGCGCCAAUCAGAGCAGUCUUCCAUUGCAGACAGGGUGCGAGCAGUCCUACGAGGGAGGUUACCAAAACUAACAAAAGCACUACAGUACGCAAACACAGCAUCCUCUAGGAAUCUUCCCAGCCCCCCAUACUCCAGGAAAAACUCUGCUGCUGGUUUACCAGCUAAUGCGUGGCCUGGAUCUACAUCAUAUGCAGCACGUGAACGCCGCGUUGACCAGAACAGGCCAAACAGCAACCGCAAUGUAUCCCACAGUUUUGAAAAGCCUCAGAGUGAUGCGACAACAGCGAGCCCUCGAACAGCCAGCAUAGGCCGCAGCCCACUACACACCAUCUCGCCGAUAAGUCAUGGCAGUGGGUCCAAUACACCAAUGCAAGCUGCGCCGGAGGUACCUUCUAUUUUACCCGUCACUCAGGAAUUGCCGACGAGCUAUAGUACCAUUAGAGAAUCUUUGAACAUCGACACUCUGAACUUCUUACGAUCAAGAAAGGUACUCAACGCAACGAAUGUAUCCCAAGGUACAGCUGGUACAGCUGCGAUAGAGGUCAGAACGCUCAAGGUGCAGCUGAGACUCGUGCAGCUGGGCGAAGCGAAUCUCCAAACCCGCGUCAAGAAACUGGAGAAUCAAGUGGAAGAGUUCAAGACUCUGCCAGCUCAGCUGGCAGCGCUUAAAGCACAAUUCGAGAGACAAGAUCGCGCAGCAGCACCAACGGUGCCGUCAGAUGAUAUUGCACGUCGACUUAGUGCUCUUGAGAGCUCAAAACCUACUGUUCAGACCGACCUAGCCAGCAUUAAGGAAGACAUCAAGGGUGUUAAGGAACAACAACAAGCCAUGAAGCCCGAUGUGGUCGAGGACACGAUCAAGACAGCAUUACAGCCAGAGAUUAAAAAAUUGGACGCUUUCCGGACAGAGCAUACCAAGACGCUUGAAAGCAUGUCCAAGAAACUGGAAGCUAACCAGAGAGUAUGUGACGAUCUUGACAAGCGCAAUCUACCCGGACAGCUGUGGAUAUUACAAACCAAAGUCACAGACAUCAACAGCAACGUUGACAAAACGGAAAAGAAGGUGACUACUCUCGAGGGUGGUCUGAAAGACUUGCAUACAUUUAAUGACAAUCUCUCUGAUGACAUCUGUGACUACAUCGGGCCAAUCAAGAGAGCUUACACAAGCGCAAAUCAAACCACUAUUCUACAGCGAAUUGAGAACCAGGAAGAAGAAUCAAGAUUACGUCGAAAAGAGCAAGAGCGCCUCUACAACGAGCAGCAAAGACUUUGCACUAAGGUGGACGAUCUUGCUAAUCCUACCGACUCCUUGAGCAAGAGACUCGAAGAUAUGAAGACCAUUGUCAGCAGCCUUGGAGAAGAUACUCAGGGCCUUGCGAAUCGCGUGGAUAUCUUCGAUGAUCGUGUGUCAGCCUCAGAGAGGAUAGUCAACCAAGUCAAGUCCCUCGAAUCUGAGCAGAUGAAGCUGUCUAAGGAACAAAACAAAAUCAAGGACCGCGUCACGAAGCUUGAGACGGCUUCAAGACAGGCCAUAGUGCCAAAUUUUAACGUCGAAGACAAUCAUGUCGCUCGUACCCCUUUUUCGUAUGAUGUCCAUGACAUACAGCUAAGACUCCAGUCAGUCGAAAAUCGUAUCAACGGUGAGACUGGACUGGCCCAGAUCAUCGAUGAGGUUCAAGACGACAUCGCCCGAAUGGAAGAACAGGCUCACAAUAACACACGAGAUAUUGAGCUGUGCCGUUCCAAAUUCGUCUCUAUUUUCGACCAAAAUUUCGAUCCUUUCAGAAAUGCGGUUACACAGCAAUUGGAAACACUGAGCCAAUGCAUAACACACAAUUCCGAGUCUUUGAGCAAGUUGGAGGAACAAGUCGCGACACAGCAAAUCGGGUCAUCAGCUCCUGGUCUAACAGCCACACAGCUGGCAGACUUUGAGCAGGCCUUGACACUUCUGCAGAAUGCCGUCAAAAACGAGGCAGAGUACCGAGACAUAGUUGUCCAAGAUUUGAAGCAGCAAUUGGCGUACAAACUGGACACUACAAGCGCAACACAGGCGAUCGAUACUGUGAAAGCUGCUGUACGGAACCUGCAGGACCAGUACAAUAACAUAACAACGGACGAUCUACACGCAAAGAUGGUCCACUGGUUCCUGCAACAAUACCCUUCAACUCCCGCCAACUUGGUUCAAAAGUUCGCUGGUCUACAGCAAGAGGUCGCACAAUUACGUGACCUCGCGAACCAGACUAACUGGGACCCGCGUUCUAUCCAAAUAUUAAACGCCCUUGCGCGGGUUGGACCACAGCUUCAAGCCCUUGUGAGAUCCCCCUCGGGUUCAAAUGGCUCUCCGGAAACGCUGGCAAAAACUAAUGAGGAGCUGACAACAAUGAAAGAAGCAAUAGCAAAAGCACAAUGGCAAACCGAAGGUUUAUCAAGGACAGUUAGCGGCCUGCAAACAUCUAUGCACGCGCUCAGAUCAGGCAGCACGCCCUUCGCUACAACAGAGUCCGUUGCGGUGUUGCAGCAGUCGAUGGGUACCUUGCAAGCUGAGGUUACAGCCGCACUCAAAGAGGAACGCAGAGCUCGCAACGAGUUGGCGGCCAAAGCUGGCACAGUGCAUAAAGAUCUCGUUGAAGCAAACAACUCUAUUGCAAAGUCUAUGAACCGUCGAUUCGAAGAGCUUCAAAACGGCAAAAUUAGAGCGGUCUGUGAGCAAGUGGAAAGCCUUGAACAAGCUUUGACAACGAUUCGUAUCGAGUUCGACGAAAUGCUCGACAAGUUCCUUACACCCACCAACAAGGUGCUCCUCAGCCGCCUCCCAGCUCUUUUAAUAGUCACCGGGCAAUUGCAAGAUCUUCUCGAGAGCUUGAACCAGAAUCUGCCAAAAGGCCCGCUAGAAUUCACUUGGCAUCACGACUUCAAUGCCGACCUGAGCGCCAUGCCAGCGCCGCAGGGCGGUGAGAGUCACCGCGGCGAAAGCAAGUGA